UGUUCGCCGACCCGCUGACGCUCUCUCCUCCCUUUUGAACUUGUCAUGGACUUUUAUGGUCUCGAAUCAUCCUUGGGCCCAUCUCUCACAACUCUCCGAACCACUGCGUCCUGAACAUCAAUCGGCGUUUUGAAUCUGUGUCCGACCUGCCCCACGGCGCUACCGCCUCGCUUGCAGGAGACAGCUCGGCUCCUUGCCGCUCUGGCCAUUUCUGUCGACACAGCUGAUCAUGGAUCGCAACAACAUCUUCCAGAUACUUGGGAUUGGCUCGAACGGCGUUGCCUGCCAACGAGGCGCAAUUCUCUCCCUCGACGUCAAUCAUGCCAAUCUGCUCCUGGUGCGAAACCUCUGCGCCGCUGUUCCGGACAACCAGAGUUCUGCAUGUGCCCACAACAUCUAUGUGACUGUGAGCGAGAUUUUGUCAUAUCUAUGCUGUUGGCUGACUUCAACGACAGAUCCCGCUGCCGAUGUCCAACAAAAGGCAAUAACCUGCAUCAACAUCGGCACUCAAACCCUCGCCAACAUGAUGACUGGAAAUGCAGAUGUUAUGAACCGCUGCUGGCCCACAUUUUUCACUGGCUCGGACGUUCUGAUCCAACUCUUGCAGAUUCCCAACGACGACACUUGUCGAUAUGCCCUCAUGUGGAUCUUCAACUCGAUCAACAAGGACCGGACACGGAGCUUGUACCUGUUGCAGACACCUCCAGGCCGACUCGUUUUGAAAGAGCUCCUCAACAAGACCACCGAUUCGUAUCCAGAUGACGAGGUCUUUACCAUCAUAUAUGCCGUUUUUUGCUCAAUGGUUGAGCUCGACCUGACUGGAGAAAUUCUUAUGGCAUUGAUGAAGUUGCGGCAAGGCGAAGGAUGUAAGUCGCUCGUCCCAUCCUGGGCCCUCAAUUUCUUCAAGCUCUUGGACGGCAUUAUUGAGACUCGUUACCGAAACCAUUCGACCACAGGAAUCACGCUCAAGCCCGCCCUGAACCUCGCCAAGAUGGCAGGGGCCUUUGUCGACUUUCUGAAGAAAGAAACCGAGUCGAUCAUCGCGCGGAUACCAAAUGGAAUCGAGCGCAUUAUCUAUAUUGCUGAACAGGCCGUCCGGAGCCAGCGCAGCCAUCUCCAGGAGAUUCCGGAGCAGCUCUCGACCGCCUCGGAAGGUGACGCCGCCGACGAAGAGAUCCGAAGGGUCCUGUUUGGAAAUGAGCUGGACGCCCUCGUGCUCGUUUUGCAGUGCCUCGCCAAGGUCGCCUACGACAUGGACACGGAGGCGAAGGUCAGGCUCUGCCAAGAGUCGACUCUGCUGAAAUCUCUCCUCGACUUGCUCAGUCUGGCCGAGCAGCUUCACCCGCGCAAAAAGCUCGCGAGCGCCAAGACCAUGAACUUGGAGCCAGAUUUGGAAGUCGAGCAUCGCGGCCUGUUCAUGCUCAAGUGCGAUGCAAUCAAAGUCAUCGGCAAUCUAUGCUACCACUGCAAAGAGAUUCAGGAUGAGAUGCGAAACAUUGGCGUCAUUCAAGUCGUCCUGAAUCAUUGCACGCUAGACGACAACAACCCAUUUAUUCGCGAGUACGCUCUCUUUGCCAUCCGCAACCUGUGCUACAACAACCUCGAGAACCAAGCCUUGAUCGAUUCUUUAGAGGCCCGCGGUGUGGCGCAAAGUCAGGACCUCAACGAGAUGGGAGUCGAAGCGGUGAUCGACGAGGAUGGCAAGCUCCGUCUGCAGCGCGCCAAGGAGCAAUCGGAUUCGUCCAUGCACGAUGUAUGACUGAGCGACAAUCCAAUGGGCCCUCUGUGACCUGCACCCCCGAUAAGAGCCAAUCCAACAAUUCCCCUUCCCCAUGGAAGAGGGGGGGGAGCCCUCCUCUGGAAGAUGUAGCUAUCGAAUGGAAUACUGACGCAUCGUGCCUGUGAAAUACUACGUAUCAGUCCAAACCCGGGUUGCAAGUGGCGUUGGGUUGUGCCAACUCGAGCGCAUCUGUGGAUAAGGGGGCGUCUCACUGCAGGCCAUGGCUCGCCAGAGGAGAUCGCCAGAUGCAGCGUCGGUCACAGCGUGGAUCAGAUGCCCUGUUACGGGUGCUCCCCAUCCAUCUUGAUCACACACCUCUGCGUUCAGCGGAGCAGCGGGACGGCGGCGGCUCGCUGGGGAGGGGAGAUGAAAGCACCCGUUUGCGCCA